AAGUUUCUCAGCCAGGUGACAGUUGAGUCAGAAGGGAAACAGCACGGACACUGCCUACACAACCAAACUGGAUACAUAAAGAUUAUUUUAAUCUCCAAGCCAAAGUCAGUCACAGAUUAUUUGCUAUUAAUAUAGAUUACUGGAGUUUUUUUUCUAACGUCGUAAACCAUAAAAGUCUCCCUUCCGCCCUCUUUUGAACAGUGAGCAGCUAGUAGUAGCAGCAGAAGCCUAGGAUAUUUAACGUUAGCUCACCUCGUUACUUCAGCGGUCGUUGUAUUUCGGUCCAGGUAAGGUUCCACUGCUGCCAACAUGUCCGAGACAGCCGGGGAUGCGAAACCUGAGGUGAAGCAGGCGAGCAAAGAAGUGAAGGAGAGCGAAAAUGUCGCGGAAAAAUAUUCAGCCAUGACCGUGAGCAAGAACAGCGAAAUUAACAUGGGAGAGUUGUCGUCGGUGUUAAGCGCUGUGCCCACUCACAAACCAGUUAAAAAGCAAAUUCAGUUCGUUGAGGAAAAACAGGAGUUCAGCAGGUUUCCCACCAAAACAGGCCGCCGUUCCCUGUCCCGCUCCAUCUCGCAGUCCUCUACUGACAGCUACAGCUCCGCUGCGUCCUACACUGAUAGCUCAGAUGACGAGACUUCGCCUCGGGACAAAACACAAGUCAACUCGAAGGGCAGCAGUGACUUCUGCGUGAAAAACAUCAAGCAGGCUGAAUUCGGGAGACGUGAAAUUGAGAUAGCAGAACAAGAUAUGUCGGCGCUGAUCUCACUCAGGAAGAGGGCACAGAGUGAGAAACCUUUAGCGGGUGCCAAAAUCGUGGGCUGCACUCACAUAACUGCUCAGACUGCAGUGCUGAUUGAGACUCUGGUGGCUCUUGGAGCUCAGUGCCGUUGGACUGCUUGUAACAUUUAUUCAACGCAGAAUGAAGUUGCUGCUGCCCUGGCAGAGAGAGGCGUGGCUGCGUUUGCCUGGAAAGGAGAAUCUGAGGAUGACUUUUGGUGGUGUAUUGACCGCUGUGUCAACACUGAGGGCUGGCAGGCCAAUAUGAUCCUUGAUGAUGGUGGAGACCUGACACACUGGGUGUAUAAGAAAUAUCCAAAUGUCUUCAAGAAGAUCAGAGGCAUUGUGGAGGAGAGUGUUACUGGAGUUCACAGGUUGUACCAGCUUUCGAAAGCGGGGAAGCUGUGUGUUCCAGCCAUGAACGUAAACGACUCUGUGACAAAGCAGAAGUUUGACAACCUGUACUGCUGCAGGGAGUCCAUCUUGGAUGGUUUGAAGCGAACCACAGAUGUCAUGUUCGGAGGAAAGCAGGUGGUGGUUUGUGGGUACGGUGAGGUUGGAAAAGGUUGCUCUGCAGCUCUGAAGGCUUUGGGAGCUGUCGUCUACGUUACAGAGAUUGAUCCCAUCUGUGCCCUGCAAGCCUGCAUGGAUGGAUUCAGGGUCGUCAAGCUGAAUGAGGUCAUUCGCCUGGUCGAUAUUAUCAUCACAUGCACUGGGAAUAAAAACGUGGUGACCAGGGACCAGCUGGAUCGAAUGAAAAAUGGCUGCAUUGUGUGCAACAUGGGACACUCAAACACUGAGAUUGAUGUGGCCAGUCUACGGACUCCUGAGCUAACGUGGGAACGAGUCCGCUCUCAGGUGGAUCAUGUGAUCUGGCCUGAUGGCAAAAGGGUUAUCCUGCUGGCUGAGGGGCGCCUAUUGAACCUGAGCUGCUCCACUGUUCCCACCUUUGUCCUUUCCAUCACAGCCACCACUCAGGCAUUGGCCCUUAUAGAGUUGUAUAAUGCUCCAGAGGGACGUUACAAACAAGACGUGUACUUGCUUCCCAAAAAAAUGGAUGAGUACGUUGCCAGUUUGCAUCUGGCCACUUUUGAUGCUCAUCUGACAGAACUCACAGAUGAGCAGGCAAAGUAUCUGGGUUUGAAUAAAAAUGGCCCCUUCAAGCCAAACUACUACAGGUAUUAGGCUGCCACCACCACAGUCCGGACCAGCCCUACGUGGAUCUGUAUAUUUCUGAUAUUAGCCGAUCUCCUGGCAACACAUAGAUUUAUCUUUCUUGAAUUUUAUACUUUUCACAGGAGGAACAAGUUAUAUUUAGAUGCAUCUGACAUGCUGCUUCCUAUAAACGAUGCACGUGGCACUUAGCUGGCUACAAAAGGUUAAUGUAGUAAUUGCAGCACUUGGACAUCUGAUAGAUGUAUUGAAUGUGUUUCCUUACUUUCUGGUUCCUGUCUGAGAGCUACUUAGAGCUUUUCCAGUAAAAGGUGCCAAAUAACAGAGGGCUAGUGUGGUGAAAGACAAAGAACUAAAAACGAGAUAAACCUGUUUAGAGAGCCAAUUUAUUAUUAUUAUUUUUUUAGAUGUAUAUGAUUACUGUAUGAGAUUUCAUUCUGAAAAUAUGCAUGCUCGGAAUGCACCAAUUAAUAGCUCCUUCAGCUUAUUGAACCUUAAACUGGGUGUUUGAUUCUUUCAGUCACUUUUGUGCAUAAAACCGUGUGAAAACUUUCUGGGAUGUGCGCUGCCAUUAAAACGAUGAGUGGGGAAUAUUUUUCGCUCAAAGUGGACCAAAUGUGAGUUUACGUCCUGUUGCUGGACUUGUGUUUUUAAGGUAGCCAAAAUAAGCUUUAUUUGGGUAUAUUUAGUGUGGCUUGCUUGCAGAUGAGCCAUAGCAACUUAAAAAUAAAAACUUUUCUAAUAUUUCUACCACCUAGUGGCCAAAUAUAGCUCAGUGCUGCUUUAUUUUUUUUCUUUUCACAUAAUAACAUUUAUUCACAAGAAACAUUCCAUGAGAGGGAGAAGAAGUGCCCCAAUCUUUAGUAAUAUUAUGGUUCCUGCUUACCACAAUGAAUAAUUAGGAUUAUCAUCCCUGGAAUAAAACGUUUGUUUCAGUUAUGUUUUCUUCACCUAAGGGCAUUUGCAUAAUCUAAAUAUUUUUCUUACAAGAUUUAUUUCGUCUGAUUUUCAGUAUUUUGUUUAGUCACAACAUUUUGUUUUAAAAAAAUGCCCUUUUUAUAAUGGUACUAAAUAAAUACUAGAAGAGUUUUAAUACUGUGUUAGGUUCAUCUGACCUGAUAAAAGUUCAUGUUUAGAGAUAUAUAUUUCACUUUAAUUCUGCAGCAGAUAGAGCCGUCUUUAAAAAGUUAUAUUUAUAUAUAUAAAUAAAAAACCUACAGAAUUUAAAUGAAUGAAUUUAUAUAUAUAUUUAAGUUAUAUUUUUCUUUAGACCUGUUGCAGUACGGGUUUUAUUUUAUGGAGCAGGUGGCUCUGUGAUUUUGAUUAAUUUUUUGGGACAGGAAGAAUAAAAAAAAAUAAAAUGCUUUGCAAAAAACCCCAAACUUCUUUACAGCCAGUUGUAACCAAAUCUUUCUUUACACUUUGUGUCAUCUAACAAAAUCCUCAUGACAUUUGCCUCUUUCUAACAAUAAGCCAUAACUUACUUGUUAAUUUUAUUAUUUUUGAUAAAGCUGCAGGGUUUGGUGGUUGUUGUCCUGUCAAAACUCGUCAACACGUUUCAGUUGCCUGCAUUAUAUACUGCCAUACUUUGUGAUGACCGUAUUAUUGACUAUAUUACUGUCCGUUUAUGUUUGGUAUACUUUUAAAGUCAUGGUAAACAUGUUUACACUGUGGUUUCACCCUUUAGAAAUAUUCUUCUGCAAUAAGAUAUAAUUACUGUUAUUAAUGUUUUCACCUUUUAAUUAGCCGAUUUGAGUUCGUUUCACCCAUUGUUUGUUGAGGAAUAACUGAGAGCUUCUGUGAAGUGCUUACUUGUUUGCACUGACAGGUUUAAUGGAAUCAGAUUCAGGGACAGUCAAAGGAAUUAGAGAAAAUGAGUACUGUAACCACGGUGACUAUUGGUUGACAGUGCCUUGUAACUCAUUUAGUCAUUUGCAUUUAAAACAGAGUUAGUUUCCUCCAGAGUGUGACAGCUAUGCACCAAAACCCUCAUCCUUUCGUCAGUCUAAAGGAAUUUUAAUUUUCUGUAUUAGCAGCCCAGUUUAAUUGUUUUCAGUCUUUCUCAUAAAUGUAAAUUAUUUUACACACUGUUAACAUGUUGAAUAUUUUGAAAUGGUAGAUUUUCCCAUCUUAUUUAUUGUGAGAGCAGAUAGUUUUAUUUUCAUUGAAGCACCUGAAAACGUGUCUAUAAUCAAUUUAUCUGCUUUGACUAAUUAUAAUCACAUUAACAGUGUUUUAUGAUUGACACAAAUGAAUGUGAAUCCCAGCUACUGUCAUGUCGAGUCACACUGUGAUUUAAAAGGAGAAUGUCACAUUUGAAUUAAAGAUCCCUAAUCAUGUAAUGUCCUGCAUUUAACACAAGCUGUAGUUUAGUUUGAAUGAUUUCAUAAAUCUGCAUUUUGUUCUGCAUCUGUCCUGAAUAAACGGUUCACUCUUGAAAA